AUGCGCCCUCUUCGCCUACUGCUUUCGCUGUCUACGAGCCUGGUCGCCGUUACGCUCCUCCUAUACAUGGUCGUGGGAACAUCGCAGAAUGAAGAACAGGAACGCAUCUCAGUUGCGUCGAGCCGAGGCAGUUUCAAAGCCAUGUUCUCUUCACCAUUCCCGAGCUCGUUGUUCCCGCCGUCCGCGAUUAUUAGUUUGACCGACGAUAAUUCGACCUUCUUCCUCGCCCGACCCGCUGCCUUCGGCCCCGCGCUACCCAAAGGAGGCUUGAGCGGCUCUCUAUGGAUCGGUAGCGGGUUUGGAGAUGACUCCAUGGGCGCCGGCGGCGAGCUGGGUUGCAGCGACGUUCCGGGCUGGGAAGAUGGCAACGAUGACCUCAUGCGGGCUUCACGGCCAUCGGGCUCUUCCAAAGGAAAAGCAAAGGACACCACGCUUGACAGAAACUUGCCUUCGAAAGAGGGAGCACCUGGCCUUAGCGAAGACAACACCAAGGACGCCGUUGCGGACGAUGGAACGGACGAUCACCUGCAACCAGGGCUUUCCAGCACGCACAUACUGCCACGAAGCAAACACGCCGAUAUACAAUCACUACAAGAGAGUGCUGAAAUCGCUGGCAAGGUUGUACUCCUCAAGCGAGGGGGUUGUGGUUUCCUGGCCAAAGUUCAAUGGGCACAAUCGCGUGGAGGAGUGGCCGUCAUCGUUGGUGACGACGUGCGUGGCGGCGCCCUCGUUCGUAUGUACGCCAAAGGCGACACCUCUAAUAUCACGAUUCCGUCCCUGUUUACUUCGCACACAACCGCGCAUCUCUUGUCUUCACUCUACCCAGGAGACGGCAUGCUUUCGGAUUCUGCGGCCUCUCAUGCCAGCGUCAAGGACACUGAAAGUCAUGCGACUCUUUCAGAAGCGCCACAAGUUAUACAGACUUCGGCCCACGGGAAGCAACACUCGCUGCCAUCCAAAAAGAAGUCUGCCGAGGGAGAGCGAACAAGCUUUUGGCACUCAUUCCUCUCUGCAUUUUUUGGUCAUGGGUUAAGCAACAAAUCUCCCAAGGCUGGCAGCCGACGACUUCCCAAUAGCGGUGAUUUGGAAUGGGUGGAGGUUAGUGAUUGGGAAGAUGACCAAAACCCCAUCAAGACAAAAUCGGCAGUGCCCACGGCAAGCCCCACCAACCUCGCUGACGGUUUCGUUAUCGGUGAACACGACUGGCGCGAUCCUGACCUUUUGCCACUCACUGCAACUACAAGUGCAUCCACAAAAACAGCUAGCCCAACUCCAGUGAGUACCAAAGCAGGUAGCAAUGCCUUGCCUGGCAGUGGUGAGUAUACCCCAGCCAAGGCAAAGACCGGUGUGAAGAGCCCUUGGAGCUGGUGGUCUGGCUCUAAACACAGCACUGCGUCUUCAGCGUCAUCUAGUCGUGCGCGCACUAGGAGCAUUACCUCGAUCAUCGAUGUCCACUCCGCGUCUAUCAAAACAUCCUCGUCUGCGACUAGUGCUCACCAAGGCCUGUGGGUCACGCUUACGCCCACGAAUGUUUCAAGUAGUCCUUUCUUCGACACUCUACUCGUACUCGUCGUCAGCCCAUUGGUCACUCUGACAGUCGUGUUGCCUGCCAGCACGCCAGAGCCCACACCCGCCGAAUGUGUAUGCGAGGAAGUCUUCUGCAUCCUGUCAUUCCCUGAAGGUUGCUACUGCCAAAACGAUGCGAAGAAGGCGUGCUUCGAGAAGUGCGGUGGCGAGGAGCCGACGUACCAGGACUGCAGUAUUCCAAUUGACUCUGUCAAAGCUCGCGCCCCGGAGCCAGAGCCCGUCGCGGAGCCUGUACCUGCGCCCGUACCAGCACCCCAGGAUGAAACAUGUGUCUGCGAAGAUGUCAUCUGCAUUCUUUCUUUCCCUGAGGGCUGCUACUGCCGCAACGACGCGAAGAAAGCGUGUUUCGAGAAGUGCGGUGGUGAAGAGCCAACCUACGACGACUGCACUGUCGACAUCGUAACCCCCCAGCCCGCACCAACACCAACGCCAUUAUUGCCAGAGCCUAUUUGUGUAUGCGAGGGAUAUGUAUGCAUCCAAUCUUGGCCUGAGAGUUGUCUUUGCCGCAAUGCCGGGGAGAAAGCCUGCUUCGAGAAGUGUGGCGGUGAGGAGCCAAUCUACCAGGACUGUGGCGUCGACAUCACACCUCGCGCCGCAGAGCCCGUACCGGAACCAGUACCAGAGCCACAAGAUCAAGUCUGCAUCUGGUGCCCGGAAGCCGAUUGCACUCUAGCUUUCCCUGAGGGCUGCUACUGUCGCAACGACAACGCGAGAAGAUGCUUCGAGGAAUGCGGUGGUCCAGAGCCGAUUUACGAGGACUGCAGUGUCGAUAUCGCACCUCGUGCUCCAGAGCCCGUGCCGGAACCAGUACCCGAGGCACAGUCCGAGACUUGCACUUGUGAGCCCGCCUUCUGCCUUGGACCCGAGUCUUGUCGGUGCGCCUACGACGCAGCGGUAGCGUGUGCCCAGAAAUGUGGUGGUCCCGCACCGCCUGACUUCUGCCCUCCUCGCCCCGUCGAAGCUCGCGAAGCAAAGCCAGAGCCCGUGCCAGAAGCAAAGCCAGAGCCUGAGGCCGAGAUUUGCACUUGUGAGCCCGUCUUCUGCAUUCAAUCUUGGCCUGAAUCUUGCUGGUGCGCCUACGAUGCAGCGGCAGCAUGUGCCGAGAAAUGUGGUAACCCCGUGCCUGUCGACACCUGCCCACCUCGUCCCAUCGAAGCUCGCAAAGCAGAACCAGAGCCGGUCCCGGAACCCGUAGCUGAGCCACAGGAAGAGACGUGCGAAUGCGAGCCCGUAUCUUGCAUCGCAUUAUGGCCCCAGUCUUGCUGGUGCUUCUACAACGCGGAAGUGGAGUGCGCCGCAAAGUGUGGCAAGCCCGCACCACCUCCAUCGACCUGCCCUCCAAUCCCCGUCGAGGCUCGUGUAGCAGAGCCAGAGCCUGCUCCUGCGCCCAUCCCCCCUCCUCCCCCUCCUCCAGUGUGCGAAUGCCCUCUGGUCAAUUGCAUUUCGACACAGCCUGAGCUAUGUGAAUGCCUGAAUGCUUCUGCACAGAGAUGCUAUGAGCUUUGUGGUGGAGAGAAGCCCGUACCCCAAGUAAGCCAACUUGCUACUAAAAAGUCUGAAUCAAUCUAA